CCUGGCAGGUCUGGGGUCGGCUUCGGAUUCAGCGCCUGUUCACUUCACUUCAGUUGGAAGCUCGUCGUUGAGCAGUGCAGGUCGGCACUAGGCGAUUCGAUUAUCCGGAACCACCGAAAUCGAACUAGAUGCCCGAUAAAAGGAGUUCGAGAACAACGGAACCCUUUCCUUGCCGUAGAAAUAAACGAGUCGCAGAAUCGUUCGUUCGAAUCUGCAGUGUCACAUUCGCGGCACAGUCGCAAGUACCCGCCCCGGUUCAGACCGAAGCCUUUUACGAAUAGUUUGCAGCGAGAAACGGAAGAUAGGAUAAAAACGUACAUCCUCGCGAUACGAACAAACUGUUCUCUGUGGUUGUGCGACGUGAAUGUCGAAUCGUCAAACCGUGGGAACAAGCGGAAGUACGUACCUGUUCGCGUCGAAGAAAUCGAGGAAAGCGGAUCAAACGGAUAACGAGUAAUCGAACGACGGAUCAACAGUGACCGAAGGAGGUGAGACCGGGAGUGUGUUUCGUGGGUGUGUGUUUCCAAUUGGUUUUUAUCGCGUAGAAAUUUAAAAUCACGUCAAACCGGAGUAUCUGUGUGUGUAGGUGCGAUACGUCGGAUGUGACCGGCGAACUUCGGGCCGACUUUGUACUUUCCUGCUCGGUUCUUCGGGACUCGCCGUCGAUUGUUGCUAACUUACUUGACUAACUUAAAUCGCGCGGCUUUUCUUCCACCGGAUGCCGUCUUGUUUUCUUUGAAUACAGAGAUGCUAAAAUGGCGGUUGGAUUAAGUCGCGAGCACCCUUAUCGACCGCGAGGAGAAAUAAUUUAACAAAACAAUCCGCGCUCCGUUAUCUCUUUUCUUUGUCUCUUAUCGAUGAACGAUAGAACAACGCUGCGGAUAAAUUGUGGAACUGUUUAAUAACGAGUGUGUUUCAAUACCGAGCCGGUGUCGAGAGAUUCGUACCUAUGCAAGAGUGACUAGUUGCGUGAAACAACCGAGAGGAUUUUGAUCGAUAAUUGAGAACGUCGGACCGGAAGGAUCACGCACCGCAGAAGAUCGUUCGCUCCUGGAGUCCGCGAGCAAGAAUAGGAUCGGUUGGAGCUGAGUCUGGUCUGUAUAUCUCUCAAGGAUCGACUACUAGCGCCUUCGAGGGGAUCCUGAGCCUGGCUGGCUGGGCCUUGGAGGGGUAAAAAGUACUAGCAAUAAAUGGGGACGAAAUAGAAUCGACCGUACAGCAGAAGAGUGAGAGAGAGUGAGAGAGAGAGAGAAGGAGAGAGAAGAAACGAAGCUGCUGGCUGCUCGACGAAGCCCCGUUGGCGUGUGUUACCCGGUUGUAAUGCGAUCCAAUCCGCAACCUGGAAUCCCUCGAAGCUAAAAGUUGGGCGGUCGACGAGCGAGCCUUGAUUCGCCCAUACUUCGGGACGGUUGGUAGAUGGGACAGGGAAUAUUAUUUUUUAUUAUUUUUUUUUUUAAUCUCAUCUCUUGGACAAAGUCGCGUCUCUUCCUCGCGUCCUUCUCGUUGCCACUCGCUCAGCGUUGGCCAUCUUGGAGGAGAUCGUACGACGAGGACCACUCGAUGACAUAAGCAUGAAGAACCUGCAGUGACGCUCUCGCCUUCGCCAUCCGCCCCCUCCGACACCCCAGGAUUUCGUUGACGGGGCAACUAUGAUCAUGGCCACCGUUAAAAUGGCGGACAAGAUGCUUUUCUUAGUCAUAUGCCCGAUCGUGUUAUACCUGAGAACUACGCGCGGCGAACAAGUUGUCUUGCUGGACACUACGACAGAAGGACGUCUCGAUUGGACCCGGUAUCCUUACGGCGCUCAGGCCAGCACUCCGGGUUGGGUCGAAGAGUCGUUCACGAAUUUCGAAAAGGGUAUAAAUUGGAGAAGCUACGUAGUCUGCGACGUGGCCUACAACAACGUUAACAACUGGCUAUGGACACCGUUCAUAGAGAGGGGACCAGCUAACCGGAUGUACAUAGAAGUGAAAUUCACUAUUCGAGACUGCUCGCUUUUUCCUGGUAACGCUCUCAGCUGCAAGGAAACCUUCAGUCUUCUCUAUUACGAAUUUGACGCAGCUACCAAAGAGCCACCGCCAUGGGAACCGGACAGCUACAAACUCAUUGGUCGAAUCGCCGCCGGAGAGGGUAGAUUCAACACAAACACCCAGGAGAUAAUAAACACAGAAGUGAAGUCGAUACCGGUAACGAAGAAGGGUGUAUACUUCGCGUUCCGGGAUCAGGGCGCCUGUAUAUCUAUACUGGCAAUAAAAGUCUACUACAUUAGCUGCCCGGAAGUGAGCGUUAACUUUGCUCACUUCCCGGCAACGCCGACUGGAAGAGAAGUCAGUCAGAUCGAGCAGUCGGUCGGUACCUGCGUUGCUAACGCGGUGAAAAUCGAUCAGCCAACUUUCCUCUGCAAAGGAGAUGGGAAAUGGUAUCUCUCAGCGGGUGCCUGUCAUUGCAAACCCGGUUAUCAGGCCGACGUUGAGAAACAACAGUGCAGCGAGUGCCCUAUUGGGAAAUUCAAGUUCGAGGCUGGUUCUCAGAGCUGCGAACCGUGCCCGGCUCACAGCAAAGCUCCGGAUUACGGAUUCACAGAGUGUCGAUGUGACGCCGGCUACUUCAGGGCUGGAAAGGACCCCAAGAACAUGCCGUGCACUCAACCCCCGUCAGCGCCGCAAAAUCUGACAGUCAAUUUUGUGGAUCAAUCUACGGUAAUCCUCUCGUGGAACUCCCCACACGUGCAGGGUGAAAGGUCCGACACAACUUAUAGAGUGGUUUGUGACGCCUGCAGCAACGGGGUCAAGUACAUUCCAAACACCGAGAUAUUCAACGACACGAAAGUGACGAUCACUGGAUUGAACGCAGUGACAACCUACCGGUUUCAAGUAUUCGCCGAGAACGGUGUUUCCCCCUUGGCCGGCACGCCGGACUACGUCGACAUAACCGUUACCACGGAGGCGAGCGUCCCGAGCCUAGUCAGCAACGUAAGGUUCACCAGCGUAAAAAGUACCGAGCUGAGCAUAAGCUGGGACGCUCCUAUCACCGAGAUCGGUGGUGACAGUGAUUUGGUGGAACGAUACGAAGUACGUUGCUAUCCACGUUUUGAUGAAGCCACAAACGCCACCAUCGUACAAACUUCGGAUCUGGCGGCAACGUUCAAAGGUCUGAAGCCGGCUACGGAUUACGCGAUUCAGGUGCGAGCCAAGACUACCAGAGGAUGGGGCGAAUACACUCCGGUUGUCUUUAAAAAAACACCUCACGCGCUGGGGCUCGAUUACGUCGGUGACGACGACAACAUGCAGGUCAGGAUCAUCGCUGGCGCGAUCGUCGCCGUCGUCGUUCUCCUCGUCAUCAUUAUCAUUAUGACGGUGCUGUUCUUGCGAAGCAGGGCCUCUGAUGAGUGUAACAAAAAGCAGCCGAGCGAUUGCGACACCCUUGAAUACAGAAACGGAGAAGGACUAGUUGUGACCUACAUGCACUGCAAAAUGGACAGUUCACCGAUUGUGACAACCCACACCAACAAGAGCAAGUCUUCGCUGACCACCCCGCUGUUCACGCCUGCAGUGGGAGUCGCAACUGCAGCCGGCGGCGGUACCGGGGGUGGUGGCGGGGCUCGGAGCUACGUCGACCCUCAUACCUACGAGGACCCGAAUCAGGCUGUCAGGGAAUUCGCCCGUGAAAUUGACGCCGGGUACAUCACCAUUGAGGCUAUAAUUGGUGGGGGAGAAUUCGGAGACGUUUGCCGAGGCAAGUUGAAAUUGCCGCCCGACGGUCGAUCGGAGAUCGACGUAGCCAUAAAGACGCUUAAGCCAGGAUCGGCGGACAAAGCGAGAAAUGAUUUCCUGACAGAAGCUUCGAUAAUGGGACAGUUCGAGCAUCCAAAUGUGAUAUUCCUCCAGGGUGUAGUCACGAAGAGUAAUCCAGUUAUGAUAAUCACUGAAUUCAUGGAAAACGGAAGUCUAGAUACAUUCCUGAGGGCGAACGACGGAAAGUUUCAAGUUCUUCAGCUAGUCGGUAUGCUUCGCGGCAUUGCGAGCGGCAUGCAGUAUCUUGCAGAAAUGAAUUACGUCCAUCGAGACCUUGCAGCUAGGAACGUCCUCGUCAACGCGGCUCUCGUUUGCAAAAUCGCAGACUUCGGAUUGAGUCGUGAAAUCGAAAGUGCCACCGAAGGUGCUUACACGACUAGGGGCGGUAAAAUCCCUGUCCGAUGGACAGCGCCAGAGGCGAUUGCAUUUAGAAAAUUUACAAGCGCCUCCGAUGUUUGGAGCAUGGGUAUAGUUUGCUGGGAAGUAAUGUCCUAUGGAGAGCGACCGUACUGGAAUUGGUCGAAUCAGGAUGUAAUUAAGUCAAUCGAAAAGGGCUACAGACUGCCAGCCCCAAUGGAUUGUCCCGAAGCCAUUUAUCAGCUGAUGCUCGACUGCUGGCAAAAAGAACGCACCCACCGGCCUACGUUCGCCAACCUCACCCAGACCCUCGAUAAACUCAUACGGAGUCCAGACACCCUUCGAAAAAUUGCCCAGAACAGCGUGCGGCCACCAGCACACAAUCCGUACUAUGUCACUGGCCACGGCAGUCAGGGGGGCCCUGCGGGUCCGUUCGUAGACGUUUUGGGCCGACAAAGCCAAGGCCAAGGCCAAGGUCCGAGCCAAGGUCAAGGCCAAGGUCAGGGCCAAGGCCAACCACCGCUAGCCGUUCCAGUAAUGCCACCAGGAGCCGGCAGAACCCUACACUUCCACACACACGCUGCGACACACGCUCUGCCCCAACAACCGCCCCUUACCUACCCCAACUGGGUCCCGUUCACCCACUUUGGUUAACCGAUCUAGCUCCCUAACCCUUCUACAUCUUGUUAGACCAUAAUUUCGUUUAAUGCUACCGCAAUCGCGAAUAUAUCAUAUUGUCUCGUUUUUAAUAGAUUACAUUAAAAACUAGCAUCCGCAUCGAGAUUAAAUUAAAAUUAAAAUUGAAAAUAAAAACAGGCGGUCGAAUAAGUAAACACUCGAAGCACGAUGCGAUCAGUCCUUACGUCGAGGGCUUUGUUUUUCAAAUAAUUAAAUUCUUUUAACAUCGUCUUACGCGAGUACGUGAUACUAAUGAUCAGUCAGAGUUGGUAGCGAGAUACCGUUUCCUAUUGCCACAUUCGACUCAUUGUCAGAUGGUUAAUGUAUAGUCACUUCUGAUUCUAUCAUUUCACAACGCACUUUAAAGCUUUGGCUGACUUACCAAGGUUACUCAAGUUGAAUUAUUAGAAAUGCAUUGGUUGUCUGACAGGUUCGCUAUUAUUUUGCUACCAGUAAUCCUUGGAAUCUCACGCACGCGGUUUGCGAUGAUUCUUAUAAACUGAUAGAAGUCGGAGACAAAUGUUAUAAGUCACGUUUUAGAAAUUGUAUUCCACUUUUCAAAAAGAAUUACUCGCUUCCAGCCCUGCCAUAUCGUCGGCGUACAUUAACAGUUUUCGCUAUUCAAAGAAUUUUAAUAAAAUAAUGGAAACGGAGCCCCUUUUAUUUUUCGGUGUUUAGUUCGGUGUUUGUAUAGAUCUAAACGCAUAGGUGUAUAAUAGGCGCAAACGCAAUAGGCACGCGUCAGUGUUAUAAAUAUAGGCAUAUUAUAAUACAUUAUGCAACGGUUUAUUAUUUUAUUCUGAUUUUUUCGCGAGCAGGGAAAGGCCAUAUGUACAAUACUAUCAGUUUUAUGCCACAUAUUGAAAGUCUGAUAUACAUACAUACAUAAAUAGUUAUUGCUGUCGCACAACUGCGCAGCUGAAUGAAACUUCUAUACAUACAUACAUAAAUGCAGGUUCCUUCCGCACAUAAAUAAAUAAAUUCAUAGGUAAAAAACAAAAAUACAGGAGAGCACAACGUAUAACUCACAAUACGAUCACCACAUGACUGAUGUACUCUUUAAGGAAAGAAAAAUUAAAUAAAUAAAUAAAAAUAAAACGUUUCAUUAUAUCAUACUAGACAAUACUAGGAAUCGAAAAUAGCAAUACAAACAAAUGAAAGAAGAUACAAAAAGUAAAUUGAAAUAAUACAAAAUAGAGUAAAAACAGAUCGCUAUAAAAACAUAUAAUCUCAUAGUUAAUUAAUCAAAAACAAAAAUUUACGAUAUUAUCACGAUCAUUAAUAAUAUUUAAAAGAAAGAAAUUACGAUAAAUAAUGAAAACAAUUCUAUUGAACGGAGAUGCAUAUUAUAAAUGCUAAUAGAUUAGAAUUUGUUUAAAAAUGUGAUUAAUCAUUUAUACGUAUACUAUAUAAAAAUGUUGCACUUUGUCGAUAUAUAAUACUUUGCAUCAACACUGCCGAGUUUUUAAUGACACAUUGAGUUACAUCUUUUUUAAGUAGUAAAAUAAAAUUAAACCGGUCGAGUAGAGACACAUAUAAUAACAAUAAUAUAUAAUAUGAUAGGAUACAUCAGCGAAUUGUAGAAUAGUAGGUAAUAUGUAGUACAUACAGGUUUUCAACCAUAUUAAGGUAGAGGACGAUUUGACCAACGAAAGAAAAUAGCCUAUAACAUUAAUAAUAGUUCAUUAGCGAAAAAUAGUCUUUCAGAUAUUUAAUAUAAAUAUUUAAUAAUUAUUUAUUGACAUUACACUUAUAUGA